GAAGCACUUAAGUCGUUGUACAGAGUCGAUCUUUUUCCUGUGUUUUUUUUCAAAAUUUAAAGUAUGAGAGCCUUCGUCUCCUCCGUGUCCAUUCUUCUGGCCUUCUGGCCGUUGUCAGUCCACUUUUGGCCACUUGCUCAGGCUGCGGAGACCCGCACCCGUGUUUUUAGCGAUCCGGUCGGGCUGCUGCUCAGCCGCUUCUAUUUCAGCGACAACGAAGGCAGGUUGGAACCGAGUGGCGCUGCAACAACCGAGGACGGAGAAUCGUCUGGUGCAGGGGCCGGAGAGAACAAAAGGGAUCGGUCGUUGAAGGAGCAGCUUUCGGACCUAACAGAAACUGCAACCGAUCUGCUCGGCGAUCUACGCGAGAAAAGUUGCAAUCGGUUGAGGGGGGCAUGGCGGGUCGUUUUGUGUGUGAAGAUUCAUGGAGCAGUAGCUGAUCAAAAAUAUGCAUCCAGGUGUAUUGAUAAAAUGAUUUUUGAAGCUCCAUGCACUGCUUUCUAACAAAUCAUGAAAUUGUUUGAAAUGAUUGUUCCACAUUCGAAGCACACCCGGCAUUUUUCGCCUUCAAUACUAGCGAUUCCAACGACUGGGUGCGGCGAGUUUCUGCGACGGCACGACAGGAC